AUGGAAGCCAUCGCCAAGUUUGAUUUCGCCGCCUCGGGCGAGGAUGAGCUGAGCUUUCGUGCUGGAGACACUCUGAAGAUCUUAAGUAACCAAGAGGAGUGGUUCAAGGCAGAGCUUGGCAGCCAAGAAGGAUACGUGCCCAAGAAUUUUAUAGACAUCCAGUUUCCUGAAUGGUUUCACGAAGGCCUCUCGCGACACCAGGCAGAGAACUCGCUCAUGGCCAAGGAGGUUGGUUUCUUCGUCAUCCGGGCCAGCCAGAGCUCCCCCGGGGACUUCUCCAUAUCCGUCAGGCACGAGGAUGAUGUUCAGCACUUCAAGGUCAUGAGGGACAACAAGGGUAACUACUUCCUGUGGACAGAGAAGUUUCCGUCCCUCAACAAGCUGGUGGACUACUACAGGACAACGUCUAUCUCCAAACAGAAGCAGAUCUUCCUGAGGGAUAGAACGCGAGAGGACCAGGGUCGCCGGGGCAACAGCCUGGACCGAUGGCCCCAGGGAGGCCCACAUACCAGCGGGGCUGUGGGAGAAGAGAGCCGGCCUGCCAUGAACCGGAAGCUGUCGGAUCACCCACCACCCCCUCCAUCACAGUAUCCCCCGGCCCCACCGCCGGCACAGCAGCGGUACCUGCAGCAUCACCACUUUCAUCAGGACCGCCGUGGAGGCAGCCUUGACAUAAACGACGGACACUGCGGCAUGAGCAUGGGCAGCGAGAUGAACGCCACCCUCAUGCACCGGAGGCACACGGACCCAGUGCAGCUGCAGGUGGCCGGGCGCGUGCGGUGGGCCCGGGCGCUGUACGACUUCGAGGCCCUGGAGGACGACGAGCUGGGGUUCCGCUCCGGAGAGGUGGUCGAGGUCCUGGACAGCUCCAACCCGUCCUGGUGGACCGGCCGCCUGCACAACAAGCUGGGCCUCUUCCCUGCCAACUACGUGGCGCCCAUGAUCCGGUGA